AGCAGGGCAGCAAAACAUCACGUUCCCUCUUUUCACUCUUCCUCGCCAUCAUCAAAUUCCGCACACCACCACGAACCACCACAUCACCCGGGCGAGCUGCUGCCCCUCGACCCGCCAGCCCCCAUAUCUGAUUGACUCGCCCUGUAGGGAGACGAGUUCUUUGCAUUGUCUAGAGCCCCCGGCCCCGACCCUCGAUCCGAAAUUUUCGUGCGCAUGCCCGUUCUGAGUCGACCCUGCUGAGCUGCGUCCUCGAUCCUCCAUCCCAACCAACUCACCCCUUUCUUCCCAAAUCCCCUCAGACAUGUCUUCUGAGGUCCAGUCCAGGCCGGCUGCCUCUCGAGGUAGGGGCGCCGGCCGCGGCGGCAGAGGAGGCCACCCGCGCGGCGGAGCCCGCCAACAAGUCCGGUCCCCCAACGGUGACUCGAAGCACUUCGACUCGCUCGAUUCGGUCGAAGAUGAGGGCGAGAUUGGCGAGCUGAAGAAGCGCUACGGCGCAAAGACGAGCCUGAUCAAGGAGAUGUUCCCGGAUUGGUCCGACGUCGACAUCCUCUUUGCUCUGCAGGAGACCGACGGUGACGAGAAUCUGACCGUCACUCGCAUCGCUGAGGGCACAAUCUCGCAGUGGGGCGAGGUCUCCAAGCAGAAGAAGGAUCGCUUCAAGCCCAAGGCCACAGCCAAGGACGCCACAUUCACCACUACUACUGGUGAUGCUGGUCCAGGCUACAACAGGGCCCCCAGAGGCGGGCGCACCGAGGGCACGCGCGGCCGUGGCCGUGGCACCCCGGAGCGGGGUGGACGCAGCGCGCGCGGUCGCUCGCAAGCUCCCCCCAACGGCACUCACGCCGACAAGAGCGGCCAGCUGUCUGUACCCACCGAGGAAUCAUCAGCCUGGGACAACCACGCGAAAUCCGACGACGAGGCGCCCGCAUGGCCGGCCGCCACAUCUGACUCGGCCCCGACCCCUGCCGCCGCCACUGCCGCCUCCCCCGCAAAGCCACCCGCUGCCACCCCAGAGCCUCCUCAGAAGACAUGGGCUAGCAUGCUCAGGCAGUCAACCGCCCCCAAGCCCGCCCCUCCCAAGCCCAAGGCCGUUCCCGCGCCCCCUCCGCCCGCCGACAUCAUCGAGCCCCUCCCUCCCGUUGCCGAACCGGUCCCCGCCGAAGAGCCCGCGCCAGCUCCCGUCGAGAUGCCCGCAGAGCCCGUCGUCAAGGAGACGCCACAGGCUCCCAUUCCCGAGAUCCCCACCGUCAUCCCAGAGGUCGCCCUGCCGCCUUCGCAGGACCAGUUGACCGAGACGAAUCUGGAGCAGAUAACCGACAUAUCCAACCCUCCUGAUACCGAGACGGCCCGCAGCGAAGCCGCCGACUCAUGGGACCCGCACGCUGCGGCGGCCCUUAGCGCCACAGCAACGCCGCUUUCUGCGUCGCAGCAGCAACACCAGGCCCAGCAGGCUGGACGUGCUGCUGCCAGUGGCUACGCCACUACCGCUCUCAAGGCUACCGAGCGCUCUGCCACUCGCACCCCCAGCUUCGGUCGCCGCCUGCUCGAUCAAGAGGAGGCUGUUCGCAUGCCGGGCAACCGUGAGGUUGACAGGGCCACCGUUCAGUUUGGUGCCUUGAACUUUAGCGGACUCGAGGAGGACAUUGAUGGUGACAGGGAGGAGCCCGAGACUCGGACCCAGCCGCCCGACGACUCGCCCGUGUCCCACCCUCGUACAUCCCUGCCUGUCGCCCAGCCCGCCGCCGUUCCCGAACCCUUCGCGGCCCAGAAGCCUGCGGCCGUACCCGCGCCCGCUCCUCCCACGGGCCCCGCAGCUGCUACCCCGUCUGCGCUGGCCCCACAGCAGCCCGCGGCUGCGGUCCCAAUCCCUCAACAACCCCAACAACCCCAACAACCCCCGAUCUCCUCACAACCCAGCCAGCCACAGGGCUUCGGCAGGUUUGCCCAAGAUCAGCAGCAGUCGUACAGCCAGAAGUCAUUCGAUGCCUUUGCCCAGCAGAACGCGGCGAGCGCGCCUCCCGCUGGCCAGCACCAGUUUGAUAGCUUCGCGAGUAGCCAAGCCCAAUCUCAGGCGCACAGCCAGGCCUCGGGUCCAACCCCGGCCCCGGCCCAGGUCCCCGCUGCCGCUCUCAGCUCGGCGCCCAACGACUUCACCUCGUACUACACCGCUGACCACCAAGGCCGCGGACCGUACAGCUACUACAACCAAAAUUAUGGCCAGCAGCAACAGGGUAUGCAGGGCCAGCAAGAUGGUAUUCCCUCGCGCUCGCUUGGCGGAUACAACGCUGCUCAGACAGAGAACCUGAGCCAGUACCCCCAGAGCGGUGUUCAGGCCCCGGCCUCGUCUCGCUUCAGCGCUGGAUCGGCCCUUGAUGCCCAGGGCAGUGGUAACAACACACCCAACCCGGCCGGCCAGAGCCAGCAGCAGGCUGGGCAAACGGCGCAGUCGCAGUCUCAUGCCCAGCAGGCUCAGCACGCGAACCAGUACCCGUACGGCCAGCACCCUUACUCCUAUAACGCGCCGUACUACGCCUACAUGACCCAGUUCCAGACUGGCUUCAACCAGGGUGGAUAUGGCGCCCCCUACGGCAAGCAGGCGGGCGUCUACGGACAGCCCAACCAGUACGGCAUGUCUCCCAACGCUCCGUACGACCACGGCUCGAGCGGCGCCAGCGGCUUUGGGCAGCAGUCAUCUCUGCAUCGCGGCGACAGCCUCGGAUCUGGUCUUGGGGACUACGGCCGCGCCUCAGCGCAGCAGUCCGGUAACCAGGGCCUCGGAAGCGGCGGCUUCGGCGGCAUGCACGAUAGCUUUGCCCGCAACGCUUCUUCGUCGUACCAGUCGCAGGCUGGUCAGGGUUUCAGCAACCAAGGCCAGCAGCCAGGUGGCGCCCCUUCCGGGAACGACGACCUUAAGCCGUUCGGUGACAGUAAGGCGGCCGGAGGACCGAGCCCGUCCAUCAGCGGCGCCAGGCCCAUCUCGGCUGCCAACAGUGCUCAGGCACAGCAGGGCCUGCCCCCGUCGCAGUCCGGCCAACAGGGGGCCGGUGGCAUGGGCAGCUACGGCGGCUACCCGAGCCACCUGCAGCAGCAGCAGCAGCAGCAACAGGGGCACGGUCUCCACGGCGCUCAGAGCGGCGCUGGCGGCUACGGACUCGGCGGCGCGGCCGCACAGGGCCACGGCAACAGCCCCUACGGAGGCUACGGCAACCAGGGCUUUAGUGGAGGCAGUUACUAUGGGAACCAGCCCCGCGGCUGGGGCGGUAACUACCAUUAGAAAUCUGGGAGUUCAUCACCGACACGACAUCGCCGAUAGCCUCCGGAUAGGUGGGAUGUGAAGAGCCAGACUUGGUCCAAGUCCUUGCCCGAAUCCUGAUAAUGGAAAAAAGCACAAGAAAAACAAGCCGAUGAAAGCUUGUCUUAAUCUAACCCGAGAAACCGAAAACCAAAAAAAAAAAACCACACGAUACGCCUGGCUUGGCACUCCUGCCGCCACCGACCUCGGUCUGGUCACUCGUUCUCUCCUCGUCUCCUUUUUCCCCCGUUCUCCUCUUAGGCAUCACCUCGUUUUCUCUUUGUUACUCGUCAAGGGAGGUGGGAAACCGGUCAGAUGUUUUGUUUGUACGAUUUGAUUACUCUUCCUCUCUACUCGGACACAACGUUUGGGAUGGAUCUGGAGUUCCCCCAGAGAAGGAGGGCGGAACAAAAACCCACGUCAUAAAUUGGAAGUACUCGGUCCUGAAUUCUUUCCUGUUUGUUGUUAUGCUCCCCGCUGCCCUCUUCCUCCCCUCCUCUCCCCUUUUUCUUCUCUCGCCCGACUUGUCCGGUAUGACGAGUUGGACAGGCACCUGUGACGACUGCAAAUGACAUUUUCGGGUGGGUGGGAAGCUCCAAAAAAAAUGGGGUUCUGUUUUCUCUGCUUUUUUUCUCUCUCUGUCUCUCUUGUUCCUCUCCUAGCCAAUCCUGAUGCACGCGUGGUUCUUCUCUCACAUAUUCUCCAUCUCUAUUCUCAGCACCCAGUAGCAAAGCUCGUGGGCCCUGGACCAGAGGUCGGCUGACAAAAAUACGGCAGGAAGGAGGAGGAUAGGUACGGCUGUAAAACAGACGAGGUGGAGAAAAACUCGGGUCUCAAGGUUGCGACGGGGAAUAGCGAAUGAGUUCCAGAUGAGCAUGGGUGCUGCCGGUUGUAUUCUCCCGUGAUCAUGAUUAUGGCUCUUGAAGCUGGGCUGCGCUUUAUUCAACUGU